AUGCAAUCUUUAGGGGUUUCUGGAAAUAGAAAGGUCAUGCGGUCUGGAACCUGUGAGCCUUUUCAAUCUCUAAGUCAUCAGAGAAAUGAUGAAGAGGCCAUUGUGGAUAGAGGUGGAACUCGUUCUAUUCUCAAAACACACUUUGAGAAAGAAGAUUUAGAAGGUCAUCGAACACUAUUUAUUGGAGUUCAUGUGCCCCUGGGAGGAAGAAAAAGCCAUCGACGUCACAGACAUCGUGGUCAUAAGCACAGAAAGAGAGACAGAGAGCGAGAUUCAGGAUUAGAGGAUGGAAGGGAGUCACCUUCUUUUGACACCCCAUCACAGCGGGUGCAGUUUAUUCUUGGAACUGAGGAUGAUGACGAGGAACACAUUCCUCAUGACCUUUUCACAGAACUGGAUGAGAUUUGCUGGCGUGAAGGUGAGGAUGCUGAGUGGCGAGAAACAGCCAGGUGGUUGAAAUUUGAAGAAGAUGUGGAAGAUGGAGGGGAAAGGUGGAGCAAACCUUAUGUGGCUACUCUUUCAUUGCACAGCUUGUUUGAACUGAGAAGUUGUAUUCUGAAUGGAACGGUGUUGCUGGACAUGCAUGCCAACACUUUAGAAGAAAUUGCAGAUAUGGUCCUUGACCAACAAGUGAGCUCAGGUCAGCUGAAUGAAGAUGUACGCCACAGGGUCCACGAGGCACUGAUGAAACAGCAUCACCACCAGAAUCAGAAGAAACUCACCAAUAGGAUUCCCAUUGUUCGUUCCUUUGCUGAUAUUGGCAAGAAACAGUCAGAACCAAAUUCCAUGGAUAAAAAUGCAGGUCAGGUUGUUUCUCCUCAGUCUGCUCCAGCCUGUGUUGAAAAUAAAAAUGAUGUUAGCAGAGAAAACAGCACGGUUGACUUUAGCAAGGGACUGGGAGGCCAACAAAAGGGGCAUACUAGUCCGUGUGGGAUGAAACAAAGACAUGAAAAAGGACCUCCACACCAGCAAGAGAGAGAGGUUGAUCUGCAUUUCAUGAAAAAGAUUCCUCCAGGUGCUGAAGCUUCAAACAUCUUAGUUGGGGAACUGGAGUUCUUGGAUCGAACUGUAGUUGCGUUUGUCAGGUUGUCUCCAGCUGUACUGCUUCAAGGACUGGCUGAAGUCCCAAUCCCAACCAGAUUUUUGUUCAUUCUUCUGGGACCCCUGGGAAAGAGUCAACAGUACCAUGAAAUUGGCAGAUCAAUUGCAACCCUCAUGACUGAUGAGGUAUUUCAUGAUGUUGCUUACAAAGCUAAAGAUCGUAAUGACUUGGUAUCAGGAAUUGAUGAAUUUCUAGAUCAGGUUACUGUUCUCCCUCCUGGAGAAUGGGAUCCAAGCAUUCGAAUAGAGCCUCCCAAAAAUGUUCCUUCCCAGGAGAAGAGGAAGAUUCCUGCUGUACCAAAUGGAACAGCAGCUCAUGGAGAAGCGGAGCCGCACGGAGGACACAGUGGACCUGAACUCCAGCGAACUGGAAGGGUUUUUGGGGGACUUAUUUUAGAUAUCAAAAGAAAAGCUCCAUACUUCUGGAGUGACUUCAGAGAUGCUUUCAGCCUGCAGUGCUUAGCAUCUUUUCUAUUUCUCUACUGCGCGUGUAUGUCUCCUGUCAUCACAUUUGGAGGACUGCUGGGAGAAGCAACUGAAGGUCGUAUAAGUGCAAUCGAAUCUCUCUUUGGAGCAUCCAUGACCGGGAUAGCCUAUUCUCUCUUUGGUGGACAGCCUCUUACCAUAUUAGGCAGUACAGGACCAGUUUUGGUGUUUGAAAAGAUUUUGUUUAAAUUUUGCAAAGAAUAUGGGCUGUCAUACCUAUCUUUAAGAGCUAGUAUUGGACUCUGGACUGCAACUCUGUGUAUCAUACUUGUGGCCACUGAUGCAAGCUCCCUUGUCUGUUAUAUCACCCGUUUCACUGAAGAAGCUUUUGCUUCUCUUAUUUGCAUCAUUUUCAUUUAUGAGGCCCUGGAGAAGUUGUUUGAACUCAGCGAAGCAUAUCCUAUCAAUAUGCAUAAUGAUUUGGAACUGCUGACACAAUACUCGUGUAACUGUGUGGAACCACAUAAUCCCAGCAAUGACACAUUGAAGGAAUGGAAGGAGUCCAAUAUUUCUGCCUCUGACAUUAUUUGGGAGAACCUAACUGUGUCAGAAUGCAAAUCAUUGCAUGGAGAGUAUGUUGGACGAGCCUGUGGCCACGAUCACCCAUAUGUUCCAGAUGUUCUGUUUUGGUCAGUGAUCCUGUUCUUUUCCACAGUUACUAUGUCAGCAACCCUGAAGCAGUUCAAGACUAGCCGAUAUUUUCCAACCAAGGUUCGAUCCAUAGUGAGUGACUUUGCUGUCUUUCUUACAAUUCUGUGUAUGGUUUUAAUUGACUAUGCCAUUGGGAUCCCAUCUCCAAAACUGCAAGUGCCAAGUGUUUUCAAGCCCACCAGAGAUGAUCGUGGCUGGUUUGUUACACCUUUAGGUCCAAAUCCAUGGUGGACAGUAAUAGCUGCUAUUAUUCCGGCUUUGCUUUGUACUAUUCUAAUUUUUAUGGACCAGCAGAUUACAGCUGUCAUCAUCAACAGAAAAGAGCAUAAGCUAAAGAAAGGUUGUGGGUACCAUCUGGAUCUGUUAAUGGUUGCGGUCAUGCUCGGGGUGUGCUCCAUCAUGGGCCUGCCAUGGUUUGUGGCUGCCACAGUCCUCUCCAUCACUCAUGUCAAUAGCCUAAAACUGGAAUCAGAAUGUUCAGCUCCAGGAGAACAACCCAAAUUUCUUGGCAUUCGGGAGCAAAGGGUUACUGGGCUUAUGAUUUUUAUUCUUAUGGGUUCAUCAGUCUUUAUGACAGGUAUUCUGAAGUUUAUUCCCAUGCCUGUACUAUACGGAGUGUUUCUUUAUAUGGGUGCUUCAUCUCUAAAGGGAAUUCAGUUCUUUGAUAGAAUAAAGCUCUUCUGGAUGCCUGCAAAACAUCAACCAGACUUUAUAUAUCUAAGGCAUGUACCACUUCGAAAAGUCCAUCUCUUCACAAUUAUUCAGAUGAGUUGCCUUGGCCUUUUAUGGAUAAUAAAAGUUUCAAGAGCUGCUAUUGUCUUUCCCAUGAUGGUGUUAGCCCUUGUAUUUGUACGAAAAUUGAUGGACUUCUUAUUUACCAAACGGGAACUCAGCUGGUUGGAUGAUUUAAUGCCUGAGAGUAAGAAAAAGAAACUAGAAGAUGCUGAAAAAGAAGAAGAACAAAGUAUGCUAGCUAUGGAAGAUGAGGGCACAGUACAACUCCCAUUGGAAGGGCACUAUAGAGAUGAUCCAUCUGUGAUCAAUAUUUCUGAUGAAAUGUCAAAGGCUGCCUUGUGGAGGAAUCUUCUGAUUACUGCCGACAACUCAAAAGAUAAGGAGUCAAGCUUUCCUUCUAAAAGCAUUGAAAACCGAAAAGAGAAGAAAGCUGACUCAGGGAAAGGUGUUGACAGGGAGACUUGUCUAUGA